ACUUGCUCUUCCUCACCACCGCAACGUCCUGGCAAGCUCAUGGCGAGCGGCGAAGCAGCCAUGCCAGACCUCAGCGCCUUUUCAAGAGAUGGCAAGGACGACGCGUCCAUUCCGCUUUCUUCAGCCAACCCUGCCACAUCCUCACAAGAAGCCGCUGUGUCCCCCCUGAACUACUCCCCGAUCUUCACCCUCUACGGCCACACCCGUUCAUGCUCCUCUCUGGCCUUCUCGCCGGACGGCUUGCUCCUCGCAUCAGCCUCAGCAGACAAGACGGCUAAGAUCUGGUCAUUACGAACCGGCUCUCUUCUGCAUACACUGAGGGGCCAUCGGGGUGGGAUCAGCCAGCUGGCUUGGAGUCCUUGCGGGCGAUACGUCGUUACCGCAAGCGAUGACAGGAGUUUGGCUGUGUGGAGCGUCGCUCCAGGUGGCGAAGCCAGCAUGGAAUCCUCUGCAGAGCAUCAGCAGCACGCUCCGUCAUCAUCAUCCUCUACGACGCCCGGCUCGGUCCUUCGCCAUCUGCAAGGCCACACGUCGUACGUCUUCUGCUGCGCGUGGAGCCCUCAGUCUAAUCUUAUCGCUAGCGGAUCGUUCGAUGAGACGGUGCGCGUAUGGGAUGUCUCCAAGGGCACCUGCCAUCGCACAAUCGCAGCGCACAGCGAAGCGGUAACGGACGUAGACUUCAACCGAGAUGGCACCCUCAUCGCUUCGUGCUCUUACGAUGGGCUCAUCCGCCUCUGGGACGUGCCCACCGGUCUCUGUCUCGCCACCCUCCCGCAACCCGCCUCCAGCCCAACCACCUCCAUCAAGUUCUCCCCCUCGUCUACCCACUUGCUCGCCUCGAGUCUGGACUCAACGCUCAGGCUGUGGGAUGUCGGGCUGGGCAGGGUGGUCAAAACCUAUCGACCGGAGAGGGAAGCAGGGCGCAGGGGCGAGGAAGGGGAGGGAACGACUACGAUUGGCGGAGGACGAAUGUAUCAAAACGAGAAGUUCGCGAUCAAGGCCAGCUUUGUGCUUGGUCCCUCCCCCGCGCACGACACGCCCUCAUCACGGCAUCAACGACGCACGUACAUAGUCGCUGGGAGCGAAGACUGUCGCCUUUACUUUUGGGACGUACAGACUCGCCGCCUCGCUGCUGUGCUGGGCGGGCAUCAUCGCGACGUGGUCAGCGCGGUGGCUGUUCAUCCUACACAGCCUAUCCUGGCUUCUGCGGCGUUGGAUCAUGAUCUGGCGAUCAAGGUGUACUUCGAUGCUGGCCCGCAGAGGAGCAGGGAGGACGGGGCGGCGGGGGCGCCAAAUGAGGCAGAGAUGGCUGCGGAGGGGCAUCAGGGGCAAGCAGAUGAGAUGAAGAUCGAGCAGGAGGCGGCAGAUCCAGUUGCAACGGCGCCAGUAGCACAAUGAUACCCUCGGGCUACCGCUCAAUCAUGUCACCGCAUCAAUACA